AUGGAGAUCUGCGGCCAUCAAAUCUUUCCAGAGCUGGUUGAGAAGCCAAAGCCGCGCAAGUCUUCCAGCAAUUGCCUUGGCGGCAUGAUCAAGGACCUCGAACGCAAACAACGCGAAGAGACAGCUGCACGCAUUGCCGCGGUACGGGAGGCGCAACAGAAAGAAGCAGAUUUCCAUCUUUCUGACGCUGAAGACUACUUCCCAGACGAUAUCCGAGAUGUCAGAGUGUCCGGCCAUACGUCUUGCAAACUCCUGGAGUUGCCGCCCGAUAUUCUCAACCUCAUCGUGGACCAUUCCGUACCUCAGAAACAAUCGAGAAGCGGAGAUGGUCAGACUUACACAGCAGCUCUCAAACACCUCCGUCUGAUACAUCCUUGUUUCGCGAAUCUGCGCUUGCUUCUGAACAGGCUCUUCGGCAGUCUCACGCUCAGAGCAGACCCAGAUCAGCUUCGAGAGCUCGAUAAGGGCAUAAAACGUGUUACCCCGUUCGUGAAAAAGGUCGUUUUCUCCACAGUCAAGGUUAAGCGCUCGACUUUGGCCAAAAGGAAACGGAGAGAUCACAGCAGCGAGAUAAGGAGAGUCCUGGGCCGUCGAACGGAGAAGAUUGUCGAAGAUGGGAGUCUACCAGCGGCUUGGUCUAGCUUGAUGAAGCAGUGUCCGAACCUAUCAGAGUUUCGUAUCGCUCAGGGCCUCGUCGACUCAGAAAACAUUGAUCUCGGCCCAAGUGCCCGAGACCUGUUUAGAAUCGUGGUGAAAAGCAUCAUCGCCGCCAGCAAACAGCCGCACAACCUCUCUAUCGACUACGUUACUGACGAAGACAGAAUCUGGAUCACCUUGGCAGCAUGGCAAGAGCUCGACUUCACGAAGCUGACGGAGCUUGAUCUGUCUAUCACCAUGGAACACGGUCAUAAAAAUUGUGCUCCUGUUCUGGCCUUCAAAGAGGAAGCGCGGGCGCUGCUUGCACAUGUGCUGCAGGAAUCUAGCGGGUCAUUGCAGAAAUUGACGGCUUCUGGGCACGUCUUGGAGGCACUUCUCGAGAUGGAUGUGCUUAUACCAGAUCUGCGCGAAGUCUGUCUGAACGGUCGUUAUCGGGGCAUCGAUCUUGUACGGUUGGAGAGACUGAUUAACGACCUCGGUGGCUUGAGGACUCUGCGCCUGAAACAGCUCAGCAGCGACCGAGAGAACGGCAUCGAGCAUUGGCGGCCAAUCUUUGCAGCCAUUCGACAUCAUACGAAUGAUCUUCACGUCGAAUUCAACAGUGUCCACAUCUACGGUCACUCGACAUUCCAGUGGAGACUGAACUACAACCAUCAACCGCUGCAGCCUGCAAUUAAGGUCAACAAGGGCGAAACCCCUGGCGAGGCCAUGAAUAAGAUGGCCAAGAACUACAUGUCGAAGCAUGGAGACUGGUAUGUUCUGGAGUCGUGGAAUGCUGUGUUGCACGAAAACAGUACAAACAGCGAUCUACAGCUGUUUGGGCAGGGUUGGCAAAGCGAUGAGGAUCAAUGA